CGAUUGGCCGAAUUAAACAAGUCGGUCGAAACAGGCAAGUUGCGACCAUUUACAGAUUACUUGGAACAUUUUCCGUCUCCAUCCGCCACUCCGAUCAAUUUGUUGCAUUUGACCAACAGUUCAUUAGACGUCACGUCCACCCAAGCCGUGGCAAUGCCGCGAAUCAAGCAGGAAGGCGGCCGAGUCCGUUCGAUGGCCACUCCUGACUCUAUUCCCGAUGCCGAGUCCGAAACGCUUAGUGAGCGGGUUCAGAGACAGCGUCCAGUCCGAUCGGCUGCACCGAGCAUCGACACGCGUGUACGGCCUGUUACCGCGUCUGGCCCACCUGGGAGCCCGGAUGGUGAGGAUAAUGACCUGCUCUUCGUGGAGUUUCGGCGUGGCCCAAAGUCGGAACAUGACAUCAACCACCCCAUGGGCUCGCAGAGUGUCCAAAGCUCUUUCGUUGGCGCAAAUCGAGCACUUCGCGGCAUGGGCCAGAAGCUGAAGGACAUCAACGAUGCAUUGGGCGAGCUCCAAGCCCGCGGCAUCCAGCAUGUUGCAAGCUUGCCAGAGCUAGUCCUCGUCGGCGACCAGUCCUCCGGCAAAUCGAGCCUAAUGUCCGCCAUCGCGGGCCUCAGCCUCCCUCGUAGCAGCGGCACCUGCACGAGAUGCCCGAUCCACAUCCGUGUCUCCCGCGCCGAUGAGUGGUCGUGUCGCGUAUUCUUGAAGCAAGACUACGAUUUCUGCCCACCCAACCACCCGCUCACGGAACGGGACGUAACUGGGAACAACAAGUUCCCACCGUGGGCCAAGCUCGACCCCAGUCGCCAAGCACGACGCGAAUUCAAGACCGUGAGGGACCAGUUCGACUCCGAGGAAAUCGAAACCGUUCUCCGCUGCGCCCAGGUCGCGAUACUCAAUCCGUCGACCCCCUACCAGUUUUUUAUCCCGAAGCUGAAGGGCGAGGUCCCCGACAACACUCGGGAGCAGCAUCUUGAGCAGGUCACGAAAAAAGAGGAGAGAGCUGAAGCGCAGUUCUCUCCGAAUACUGUUGCACUGGAGGUGAAGGGACCCGAUCUGGCAGAUCUAAACUUUUACGACCUUCCCGGUGUGUUUAUGACCGCCAGACGCAGCGAGGAUAUCUUUCUUGAGCGCGUCGUUCAGAAUUUGACCCGCGAGUACAUCUCGCGUCCGAGCGCCAUUAUCCUGUGCGCGGUCCCGAUGAACCAAGAUACGGAAAAUUCCCUCGCUCUCAAGAUCAUCAGGGGCCAACGGGCCCAAAACCGCUGUAUUGGCGUCAUGACCAAGGCCGAUCUACUGCCGAAUGACGACCAUGCCGCUACAGGUUGGCUCGGUAUGCUCAAGGGAGAAGCCCACCAAACCGGUUAUGGUUAUUUUAUUACUUCUCGCCAGGGUAGCGACCUGGAGGAACAAAAUAAGAUGGAAGAAUCCUUCUUCAACCGGACCGCGGAUGCCACGGGCCAAUGGCCCGAAGUAUUCGACAACUUCAAGGAGAAGUGUGGCGUUGAGAAGUUGAAGGUGUUCCUGUCCGAAAAGCUGGGCGAAGAGUUUGCCAAGAUCCUGCCGGAAGUGAAGCACAAAGUAGAUACUCGACUCGUCGACAUCGGAAAGCAACUCAAGAAGUAUCCGGAUCCCCCGCCGAACCCCGAGCUAGAGAUCAUGAAAAGUCUGGCGGAGUUCACUAUUCGCGUCAAGGACCGCGUCCUCCACCAGGACUUCAUGAGCAUUUGGGACGACACUUACGGAGAGCCCUUCAAGACCUUCAUUAUCAACAUGAAGCCCAAGUUUAACGUCCGGGAGCACGCAAAGGCCUCGAAGCCGCCAGUCGUCAUCGAUCUCGACGGCGACAGCCCCACGCCGUCGCCGACCAUUCGGAAACGCCCGGCCCCGGCCGUGGACAUGACGCAGGCCACUCCCAAGAGGCAGCGGCAUGUGAAUGUCAUCAAGACCGAGUCGCAGGACAACCCGAUAUUCCCCUCGACACCCCGCCAUGCGCGAAGCUCAACGCCGGCUAUGACGCCUUCUCGGGGCGGCCGGUCCAAGAGCCUGAUGGAUAUCCGACAGCUUAUCCGGCGUGCCGCAGUCCCAGGCCAACCCGGUCUCGUGUCAGCCACCGUCUACGAGCCUUUGUUUACCGAAGCUGCCAAGAGCUGGGACCGGCAUCUACACAAGUUCGUCGACAACACCCUCACCCUUCUCCAGACCGAGAUCUUCACUAUCCUCGACGCCGCGUUCGCCCACCUCAAGAACCGAGCCGUCUACAAGGAGUCACGUGAGCACAUGCGGGCCUUCAUCGAGGCGCACCGGACGGAGCUACGCAUCCAGCUCGAGUUCAUUUACAACCUCGAGUCGAAACGGCUCUUCACCAAAGACGAAGACGCGCUCAAGCGCAACCAGGCCGCCGAGAUGAGGAUCCUCGUGCGGCACCGCAACCACUUCCGGAUCGCCGCCCACAACGGCGAGGAGGUCUGUUCCGUCCCUAAGAUGGAGGACAUGACCGACGAGGAGAGGAAGCAAGAGGAAACGAAAAUGGCCAAGGAGCUCAAGAACCUGGGCCCGGACCCCUUCGAGCCCGAGCUCGCCGUGGCGGCCUACAUCCGCGGCUACUACCUCACCGCCGCCAACCGCUUCGUCGACUACGUCUCCAUCCACGUCAUGUCGGGCCUGCUCCCGCGCGUCGCCUCCGUCAUCGACACCUACCUGCACGAGAAGCUCGGCCUGACCACCAGCGCCGCCGCGCAGGCCGUCCUGCAGCGCCUCAUGUCGGAAGGUCCCGAGAUCGAGCAGAAGCGCCGCGAUCUGCGCGCUGAGAAGGAGACGCUCGACGGCGCCAUGGAUAUCAUUGUGAACUUGGAGCGCCGCGCCCACGAGCAGCAGCUGGCCGCGGCGGCGGCGGCCUCGCAGUCGCAGUAUGGCAAUGGCUUUGAUGCCUCGCAGGCCGACAGCAUGUCGACCCUCGGUGUUGGGCAGGUGAAUGGCAUCGCUGGCGACCGCGGGACCGUGUACUCGGACACGGCGUUUGGCGAUGCUUGAUGGUGGGUGUGUGUGAUGCCGCGUCGCUGGAAGGGGUGUUUCUUCUCUGUUUCAUGUUUUCUUCGUUCCUCUGUUUUUUUUCGGUCGGUCAACUCGGGUGUCUGUCACGGAAGUCGG